GAAAGAGAGAAAUUACAGAAAGGAUCAAAGUAACACACUUAUACACCCACACGUGACGAAAGCUGAUCCUAGCUAAAUGCUCUCUGCUCCACACUUGCUUGCUUUGUCUCUCCUUUUGUCUUUUCAUUCUUUCAUAAUUCUCCUCAAAAAAUAUACUCCUACUACUAUUUAAUCAUCACACUUUACUCCCACAUUUCAACUCUAAAAACUUUUUUAGAGUGUUUUAACUCCUUUUUCUUUUUCCGACCACCGUAAAAAAAAAAAACAAUAAUGAGGUUGCUAAUUUCUUAUCCACUAAUGAUAAUUUGGGUGGUGUUACUGUAUCUUUGCCACGUGUCCUCAUCAUCACCGGAGAAAAACACAUACAUAGUACACAUGGCAAAAUCUCAAAUGCCGGCAACCUUCGACCACCACACUAAGUGGUACGAGUCAUCUCUCCGGCACGUGUCAGAUACAGCUGAGAUGAUUUACACGUACUCCAACGCUGCCCACGGGUACGCCACACGCUUGACAGAAUCCGAGGCUGAGUCACUCUCUUCCCUGCCCGGGAUUCUGGCGGUGCUGCCCGAAACUCGGUACGAGUUACACACGACUCGGACACCUUCCUUCCUAGGACUCGACAGAACUCGUGACUCGUUCACUGAGUCGGAAUCGGCGAGUGACGUCAUCAUUGGUGUGUUGGACACGGGUGUUUGGCCAGAGAGUAAGAGUUUUGACGACAAAGGGAUGGGUCCCGUGCCUAGCACGUGGCGUGGCGCGUGUAUGACAGGGAAUAACUUCAGCGCGUCGAGUUGUAAUUUGAAGCUUAUUGGUGCUCAGUAUUUCUCACAGGGUUAUGAGGCGGUGGUGGGGUCGUUUGAUGAGUCACGUGAGUCGAAGUCACCACGUGAUGAUGAUGGACAUGGGACCCACACGGCGAGUACUGCUGCUGGGUCUCCUGUUGAAGGGGCUAGUCUUUUUGGGUAUGCGCCAGGGACGGCGCGUGGAAUGGCUCCCAGGGCUAGGGUGGCUGUCUAUAAGGUGUGUUGGACAGGAGGAUGUUUCAGCUCUGACAUUUUAAAAGCCAUUGAUAAGGCAAUCGAGGAUAACGUGAAUGUGCUGUCACUAUCAUUGGGCGGGGGAACGUCGGAAUACUACAGGGACAGCGUGGCCAUUGGCGCAUUUGCGGCGAUGGAGCACGGGAUUUUGGUGUCGUGUUCGGCGGGUAACGCAGGACCCACGGCCUUCAGCCUGUCGAAUGUGGCACCGUGGAUAACUACUGUAGGAGCCGGCACACUCGAUAGGGACUUUCCGGCUGUUGCUAGUGUUAGCAAUGGGAAGAAAUAUGCUGGAGUUUCGCUCUUCCGAGGAGAGUCCUUGCCUCACGGCAUGCUACCUGCUGUCUAUGCAGGAAAUGCGAGCAACGCCACUAGUGGCAGUCUGUGCAUGACUGGCACAUUAAUUCCGGAGAAAGUGAAAGGUAAAAUAGUCUUAUGUGACCGUGGGGUAAACCCGAGGGUCCAGAAGGGUGCGGUGGUCAAAGCUGCUGGCGGUCUUGGCAUGAUUUUGGCAAAUACAGAAGCAAAUGGUGAGGAGUUAGUUGCUGAUGCACAUUUAUUACCAGCCACAGCGGUGGGCCAGAAGAGUGGAGAUGCAAUAAGGGACUACGUAAUCUCGGAUUCGAACCCAACUGCCACCAUUCUGUUCGAGGGGACGAAAGUGGGAGUUCAACCUUCACCUGUUGUAGCGGCCUUCAGUUCCCGAGGCCCAAAUGCAAUCACCCCCGAGAUCUUAAAGCCUGAUAUGAUUGCUCCAGGUGUCAACAUCUUAGCCGGGUGGUCAGGGGCCUUGGGGCCCACCGCAGUAGCCACUGACAUGAGGCGGGUGGAGUUCAACAUCAUAUCAGGGACGUCGAUGUCUUGUCCUCAUGUGAGCGGCCUUGCCGGGCUUGUGAAGGGAGCGCACCCUGAUUGGAGCCCUGCAGCCAUCAAAUCUGCUUUGAUGACUACUGCUUAUGUAACCUACAAAAAUGGGCAGAGGCUUCAGGAUGUUGCUACAGGGAAACCAUCUACACCAUUGGAUCAUGGGGCUGGACACGUGGACCCCAUAUCAGCCUUAAAUCCGGGGCUCGUGUAUGAUCUCACAACCGACGAUUACUUAGCUUUUCUGUGUGCACUGAAGUACACUCCAUCACAGAUAAACUUGGUUGCCAGGAGGAAGUUUAUUUGCGACAGUGAUAAGAAUUACAGCUUAUCAGAUUUCAAUUACCCUUCAUUUGCCGUCUCGUUUAAAACCGUCCCAUCUACCAAAGCAGCUGGUGGUCCAAGCCAUGAGCCCACCGUGAUGAAGUACACACGGACCUUAACUAAUGUGGGACCACCAGGAUCAUAUAAGGUAACUCUUACUUCACAGGCACCAGAGGUUAAGAUAUCAGUGGAUCCAGAAGUUCUGAGCUUCAGUAAGGUAAAUGAGAAGAAAUCAUACACUGUCACUUUCACCGCCGAACAAAUGGCUUCAGACACAAACAAAUUUGCUAGGAUUGAAUGGUCAGACGGUAAGCACGUAGUUAGCAGCCCGAUUGCAUUUAGCUGGUCAUGAUUAAACUUCUUAUGUGAAAGAAUAUGUGCUCGGUAUUUUCGUGUUAAUCCAGUGAGUAAUCACUUCUCAGAAAAUUGAGCAACAAUUAGCAGUUUUAAUGCUUCGAAUAUCAACAUUACCAAGGAAGUAAACAUUCUGUUACCAGUUGAAUAUCAGGGCAUGAAACUGACUUAACUAGAGUUGAAAGCUUUGAGAUAGAGCAACAAUGUUAGUUUACCUGAAAAACAAAGUAGAUUUUUUCAAGUGUAAUGCCACUAAAGAGUGGAGAAAAAAUAUAUCAUGUAUUGUUCUUCAAGACAAGAACAAAAUAAUUAUGUUCAAUGUUCAAUGUUCAAUGUUCAAUGUUCAAUGAAAAAAGGAAGAAAUGGUUUCAAGUGUUCA